CUAUCACUUCUCCUCCACCUCUCUCACUCAGAAGACAUGUGAUGCGCUUUUCUCUCUCUCUCUCGCCUUUCUGGAUCCCUCACCAUCACACUUUAACGCGUAAUUAAGUAGUGAUUACGCAUCUUGAGAGCACGAGCUGAUUCAUCCGACUUGAAGUUAUCACUCACGUGUGCGGGAGCAAGAUAGCGCGCAAAACGCAGCGCGAGGAGCGCCCGACGCUGUCCGGGCUGGGCGCGAGAACGCGCGCGGUCGCGGCCGGCAUCCUCGGCGUAGCCAUGGUGCUGGUGCUGGUCAUCCUGAUCCCGGUGCUGGUGAACGCAGGCGGAGCGGAUACGCGCUACGAGACUCUCAGCACCUGCAGGAUGGUCUGUGAUCCGUACGGCACCAUUAAACCUCCAUCGCGCGCCACCGGGAGCGACCCGCGCUCUAUCCAGCCUCCGACCACAUUUUUACGCGGUCCAAAAGGGGAGCCGGGACGCACGGGGCGCGUUGGCCCGAGAGGUGAACCAGGUCCACCUGGUCCACCUGGUCCUCCGGGAAAAGUCGGAAAUCCAGGACCGCCCGGGUUACCUGGACCUCCGGGAGUGAUCGGUGUGAGCGGCGGCGUCGUGAACGCGGCCACAUACACCACAGUACCCAAAGUCGCUUUUUACGCCGGGCUCAAGAAGCAGCACGAAGGCUACGAGGUCCUCAAGUUCGAUGAUGUGGUCACUAAUCUGGGCAACCACUACGACCCGGCCAGCGGCAAGUUCACCUGCUCCAUCCCGGGAAUCUAUUUCUUCGUGUACCACGUGCUCAUGCGGGGAGGUGACGGCACGAGCAUGUGGGCUGAUCUGUGCAAAAAUAACCAGGUGAGGGCGAGCGCCAUCGCUCAGGAUGCGGAUCAGAACUAUGACUAUGCCAGCAACAGCGUGGUGUUACACUUGGAGCCCGGAGACGAGAUCUACAUCAAGCUGGAUGGCGGCAAAGCGCACGGAGGGAACAACAACAAAUACAGCACCUUCUCUGGGUUCAUGAUUUACGCAGAUUAACGCGUGACGGGACUUAAAUGAAAGUUAACCUGCCCGGGUGUUUUGUUUUUUCCACACUCAGAGACAUUAAAAUGAAAGGAAACGCUGCAAAUAAAUGCAGUUCUAUCAUGCAAUUACAGUACAGUGUUCACUUGUGAUUAUAAGUUUGUCGUCCUUGAAGCUGGGCACGGCGGUAUGAUACGAUAGCGUAAAGUGUGAAAUCCUUUAAAAGGUCUGUUUCGUGAUGAAAAGCUCAGCUGAAGGUGUCAACGUGUCAUGACUUCAUCCAAGGGUUAGAUUUUAGACGAAUCACUGUGAGUUUACGAGGAAAGAAAGGGUUAAGGUUAAUCAUGUUGUGUUUUAUUUGUUGGUCAGUUUUGAGCCUCAACAUUGGGGACACUGUCACACUUCUGGUGAGCUUCAUUUAGAAUUCGACUAAGGACUUACAAACGGUACGAGUCUGAUUUGCUGUACCUGAUUUGAUCUCUGUAUUGCUUUCUUAUUAGAUAACAUAAACGUUGUGCAAUCUAUAGUAAAAUAAAAGUCACAUCUCCACUGCUGAUCUUCCAAAAGCGUUGUCAAGGGUCAGAGAAAGGUCAGCACAUCAUCUACAUAUGUCUAGCUAUAGCACGAAAUCUGAACCAGGUUAAGACUGAUUAUACCUCAUACUUCUUCUCCUAAUGCUUUUCAAGAAACCGGGUUCAUACAUUCGAAUCUCGAGAGCAAAAUUGGCCAUACUAUCUGGCCGCAGAGCAAACGCUCUCUUCCUGUCAAUCACAGUGACACUAGCCAAUCACGAGCAUCUAUGAGAUCAGGCAUACGGACGAGGGCGGAUAACGCUUUCUUCCGAGUGUGUGUUAUACGCUGCCCUGUUAUACAGAAUGUGCAGCGGUUUGAAAAAGCUGCUGUUGGAUGGCUUCACGUGUCUUGCAGCCUUCGUCGGUUCCAUUUGGUAGCUGUCAUAUUUUAGCGGGAAGUUGGCUGGAAAACGAAAGACUUCACUGUACAACCUGUAACGGCUCCAGGAUUCCCAGUGCAAAUUCCAAAAAGGAUCCCUGUACAAUCCUUCAAAAUUUUAUAAAGCCAAAGACAGCACAGUAUCAAUGACAUGUACACCAAUCAGGCGUAACAUUAUAACCACCUGUCUAAUAUUGUGUUGGUCCCCCUUCUGCUGCCAAAACAGCCCUGACCCAUCCUGCACUGUGUAUUCGGACCCCUUUCUAUCAGAACCAGCAUUAACUUCUUCAGCAAUUUGACUGCAACUGUUGGAUCGGAUCACACGGGCCAGCCUUCGCUCCCCACGUGCAUCAAAGAGCCUUGACCGCCCAUGACCCUGUCUCCGGUUCACCACUGUUCCUUCCUUGGACCACUUUUGAUAGAUACUGACCACUGCAGACCGGGAACACCCCACAAGAGCUGCAGUUUUGGAGAUGCUCUGAUCCAGUGGUCUAGCCAUCACAAUUUGUCCCUUUUGGUCAAACUCGCUCAAAUCCUUACGGUUGUCCAUUUUUCCUGCUUCUAACAUCAACUUUGAGGACAAAAUGUUCACUUGCUGCCUAAUAUAUCCCACCCACUAACAGGUGCCAUGAUGAGGAGAUCAUCAGUCUUAUUCACGGCACCUCUCAGUGGUCAUAAUAUUAUGCCUGAUCACUGUAUAUAGACAUAAGUAAAUAGACAGAGGAGUGUUCAUAAGUAUUUC